AUGGCAGCAGCAGCACAUCUCGCCUACGCCUUCUUCUUCGACGCGGAGCCCGCCGUCGGCGAGCCCAGCCUGCACGCGCUCGACGCGUGCGCGCUCUGCGCCAAGCCGCUGGCGCGCGACAGCGACAUCUUCAUGUACAGAGGGGACACGCCCUUCUGCAGCGAGGAGUGCCGCCACGAGCAGAUGCAGCUCGACGCCAUCCGCGCCAGGCAGGCCUCCGCCAGGUCCGGCGGCCGGCGGCAGCCGUCGUACUCGUCAGGAGCGGAGGCGCGGCGCGGGCACCGGGACGCCAGGAAGGUGUCCGCGGUGGCGAGCUGA